UUGUGUGUUUGGGUCAUGUGUUUUGUGUUUUGUGUCAAAUGAUAUAAUUGAUACCUGGCUAAAAAUAAAAGGUCAAAAGAUACAUGUGCUUUUUUUCAUCAAACAAAUUGUUGAAUGAAUGAAUCUACGUUGAUCAACGUUUUUUGAUAACGAAAGGGAAGGAUUCUGUAAAUUAUUUUAUUGAUUAGAAUUUUUUUUGAAUUGAAAAAAAAGAAAGAUUGGAAUCAGCGAAAAUGGCCACAGCUUUGACAAGUAAUUAUUUAACCAACAAUUCAUCAUCAUCACCAUCAAAUCAAUCGACAAAUUCAUCAUAUCCAAAUCAAUCAUCAUCAUCGCCUGCAAAUGGUUAUCAACAACAACAACAACAAAAUGUCCAAAAUUUUAGUAAUUCUACAUUAAAUAAUAAUAAUUCGACAACGAUAACAUCGAAUAUUGGUCAUCAACAACAACAACAACAUCAUCAUCAUCAUCAUCAGCAACAACAUUCAUCACAAAUUAAUCAUUUAUCAUCAUCAACAUCAUCGUCAUCAUCAUCACCGAAUCUUUAUCGAGUUGGAGACUAUGUCUACAUCGAGAUUACGCCUUCAACACCGUAUCAGGUUUGUAAGAUUGAAGAAUUGAUAAAAAAUCAAAAUGGAAAUCCUGAAGUAAAAUUGGUCAUAUUUUAUCGUCGUCGUGACAUGUCUGGAUCAUUAUUUCAACAGAUUGAAAAACAUCAAAUAAGUGCCUUAGAAGAGGAACAGGAAAAAGAAUAUGAACAAUUAAGUGAAAAGGAAAAACAUCAGAUAAAAUUAAGAGAAAUAUUUCUAUCAAGACAAUUGGAAACAUAUCCGGUUAGCAGUAUUCGUGGAAAAUGUCAAGUAACAUUAUUGAAUGAAGCUGAAUCGUUAACACAUUAUCUGAAAAGAGAUGAUACAUUUUUCUAUACACAAGUCUAUGAUCCGGAACAGAAAACAUUAUCCGAAGCUGAUCGUGGUGAAAUUCGUGUUGGUCAAAGAUAUCAAGCGGAUGUACCGGCACAAACAUUAGAUGAUCCAAUUGUACAGGAUCAACGUCGUUUGGAAGAUUUGGAAACAUUAAUUUAUUCACCUGAAAAUGAAUUGAAUGAACAACAAAUUGAACAAUAUUUAACUGUAGCCAAAUCAAUUGGUACAUAUGCACGUGCAUUAGAUUGUUCGGGUAGUGUUAAACAGCCAAGUUUAUUGAUGAGUGCUGCAUCAGCAUCACGUGAUGUUACCAUACAAUAUGCAAUGGAUAUAUUACAUGAAUGUAAUUAUGAUAUUGCUAAAGCUGUAUGUCGUCUAGUCCCAAAAAGUGGACCAGUUCUUUGUCGUGAUGAAAUGGAAGAAUGGUCUACGGCCGAAACAAGUCUAUUCGAUGAAGCUAUCGAUAAAUUUGAAAAAAGGUUUGAUGAAAUACAGCAAAAUUUUUUACCUUGGAAAAGUAUGAAAAAUUUGAUUGAAUAUUUUUAUUUUUGGAAAACAACCGAUCGUUAUGUACAACGUAAACGUGUAAAAGCGGCCGAAAAUGAAAGUAAAUUGAAACAGGUUUUCGUACCAAAUUUUAAUAAACAAAAUCAAUCAUCAUCAUCAGCAUCGUCAUCGUUGUUGAAUGGUCUGAAUGAUUCUAAUGUGAAUAAACAAUGUGAAAGUUGCAAAAAAACAUCAUCAAGUAAUUGGCAUGUUUGGGGACCGACAAAUCUGCAAUAUUUUCUUUGUCAAACAUGUUGGUCAUUUUGGCGAAAAUUUGGUGCAUUUAAAUAUCCAAAUCGUUUGGCUGAUAUGACUGCUGAAAAGUUACAAGUGUCUUCUAAUCUUCCAAUAGCUGCAUCAUCAACAUCAACAUCAUCAUCAUUAGCAGCAACAGUUAACAAUCAAUCAAUUAAUAAUAAUAAUAAUAAUAAUAAUAAUAAUAAUAUUGCAAGAGCCUCACCAAUCAUUACUGAUCUCAAUUCACCAUAUUCUUGUCGUGAAUGUAAUAAAGUUUUUACUAGACAAGAACGCCUUAUUUCUCAUCUGGCAUCACAUCGACAACUACAUAAAUGUAAUGUUACAUCAUGUGGUAAAGAAUUUAAAUUUAAAGCACAUUUAGCACGACAUUGCGCCACUAGUCAUGGUGUUGCGAUACGUUCGGGCAGUCCGCGACCAAUUAUGAAAACACGUGCAGCAUUCAUAUUCAAAGUGGUACCAUCAUUACGUAUGGCUCGAACUAUUUGUGCUGAUAUUCUUAAUCUAAAACGUGCAGCACGUAAACCAUAUUCAUUGAAUAUUCCAUUAUUCAAACAUGAAUAUACUGAACGUUAUCAAAAAGGUUUCAACAAACAUACACCUAAACUAAAAAAGAUUGAUCGUGGAAAUGUGUGCGAUAUAUCACAUCGAUUAGGUACACCUAAAAUGCCUAAACCUGAAUGGUUGAUUGCAUUACCUAAGGAUAAAUUACCACAACCAAAACGAUUAGCAUUUCCACCAACAAUAAAAUCUGAAGAAUUUGAACCCGAAGAUAUGAGCGAUUCGAACAAAGAUUCAUGUGGUAACAACAACAACGAUAUUGGUGGUGGCAGCGGUUUGGGAAAGAAACGUUCACUUGAACAAAAUGGAAAUUUUAUGCCAUCAAAACGACGUCAAAUGGCACCACCAAGUAUUUUGGGGAAAUCUGUACCCGAUCUAUAUGAAAACAUAUCACGAAAUUCGGUUACAGCUCAAUCAUUGAAUGGACGGGCCAAAAUUGCGACAAUAACUAAUCUGAGUGGUAAAAAACAGAUGAUCAGUUGGGUUGAUGCACCCGAAGAUGUAUAUUUUGUAUCAACGAAAAAAAUCAAACAAAUGAGACGAAAAAUUCCAUUAUCUGAAUUACUUCGUUCUGCCCGACAACCAUAUAAACUUCAUUCAGAAUAUUUAUCAUCAUUGAUAUCAUCAUCGACAGCAACAUCGACUGCUUCAGGUGGUGGUCAAUCAUCUCAAGUGAUACCAAAUCCUAUUGGAUCAUCAUCAUCAUCAUCAUCUACUUUACGUUCAGGUGAUAAUAGUGGUGCUGGUGGUGGUCGUAGUCAUCAUCAAUCAUCAGCAGCAGCAGAAAUGAUUCCAUCAUCAACGACGAAUCUAAAUUUGAUGCAUAAUAAUCCAGCUGCUGCUGCUGCAGCAGCAGCCGCAGCAUUAAAUCUUGCUGGAAUCGGCCCACUUUCUUCAUCAUCAUCACCAUCAUCUCAACAGAUGGCCGCAUUAUUACAACAACAAAUGUUGGCACAGAAUCUACCACUAUUAGGUGCAGCAGCCAAUGCUAAUCAUCUAUUAUCACCGAAUGCAUUUUUCAAUAAUAUUUCACCAACAAACGGUGGUAAUUCCAGUGGAGGUGGUAAAAUGAAUCGUUAACCAUCAUUAUCAUUAUCAAUCUGAUAAUUUCAAUACGAAAAGAGCAGCCGUAACAAAAAGAUUGUUUUUCUUUUCAUUUUUGUUUCGUUGUGAUAUUUUCUCCGCUAUUUUUUUCAAAAAAAAAUUAUUCAAAUUUUUGUUCUGUUUCCUUUUUGGAGAAAAUCCAAUAAAUACACCAUGGAUUGAUUCUGCCCAAACACAAUGAGAGAUCAAAAUC